AUGGAACAAACGUUUCGCCCGUCCAGAAAACGCUACGUGCAUUGGGAGAUAAAAGAAAAUAUAGGUUUUGGUGGAUUUGGGCAAUGCUGGAAAGUUGAGUAUCGAAUGCCUUUUGGCAAAUUGAGCGUUGGUGUGUUAAAAUUGCUACGUGUUGAACAAAUGACUGAAGAGAAUCGAGCCGCUUUCAUCAAAGAAGAGAAGUAUAUGCGCUUGUAUCAGGAUGCGAAUCUCAUUAAAUAUAUCAGUGGAUGCGUUGACGAACGCGAUACUACAAGACGCGGGAUCCUUAUGGAGUUUUGUGAAAAAGGAUCGCUAAAGAAAAUUAUCCACGAUGCCGAGAUUUUCUACCCGGCCUAUACAUUCAUAUGCUGGGUCGUUGAUCUGUUCGAUGCGCUCGAUUAUUUCAAGAGACAAGGCGUCAUCCACAUGGAUCUGAAACCGGAUAACAUUUUGGUAACUAAUGAAUAUCUCUUGAAAAUCGCCGACUUCGGAGCAAUGAAAGUUGCAUCGAGACAAGGAGUCCCUUUGAGCAGAUACAGCCCACCUACAACUGGGACUUCGCAUUAUCAGGCUCCAGAGCGUUAUAAAGGAGUCGAACAGCUUUCUCCAAAGUACGAUGUUUUCACGAUGGGUCUAGUGUUAUGGGAGCUGAUUGAGAGGAAUUGUACAAAUGUCAAGCAGCAAGAUCGGUGGGGCGCCUUGAGGGCCAAGCUUGAAUUGGAGGAAGUUAAAAAGAGAUUCGAGCAAGAAUUAGUGCCACCGAAUUAUAUUGUCGAAGAAGUGAAGGGGCGAACGACGCUGAAGAAACCAUUCCCUUCCACGAGGGUAGUGCAAGAUAUUGAGAUUUCCGAUGCGGGUCAUGUUUUAGCCCUGUCGGGUCAAAUAAGGCUCGAAACCUUUCCAGAAAUUGUUUUC